CCCGGAAGUCCUUGGCCGAGGGGCCAGAGCGACUCCGGACUGAGAAGCCCGAGCGCCCAGGACCCCGGCGAGGGGUCGGGGGAGCCUGGGGUACCCCCGCAGGCGGGGCCCGGGGAGCACUGGGCCCUUCGAUAAAGAGCAGAGGAGAGGCCUGGGUCCUGCUCAGGGGGGAGGGGAGCCGAAAGCAGAGGGAAGCUCGGAUACCCGCCCGGGAGGAGACCCUCGGAACCUUGGCGGGCGAGCAAGAGCGGAGAGUGGGUUCCGCUGAGGGAAGGAGGGUCCGAGCUUCAUUCUAGGGGCGCGUUAGAGGCCUUGGCCACCCAGUCGAGGGGAAAAGAGGCAUGUGCUUUUCCGAAGGUGUGUGAAAAGACCUGGGUAGUGGGAGCAGGGGGACAAGGAAGAGGACCUCCAAGGGAAAGUGAGCAGGCCUGUCUUCCCAGAAAUGAGAGGUGGGUUGGGAGGAUACCUUAGGGCCUCCUAAAGUAAGAUGAAAAGGGUCCAAACCUGUGUGAGAGAAUGAAGAGAGAGUCGAGUACCUCCUUAUGUAGGUAGAGAACAGGGAAAAGAUCGUGGAGAGGAAAAAGCUUAGGGUACUCCUGCUUUCUGAAGUGACAGGGAAUUGGCCAGUGCGCCUAACUGAGGAGUAGGAGAGAUGAGGGCAGAAUCUUACCCGAGGGUCUUGGAGAGUGAUCCACCAUAGUAAGGCAUCUCCAUCCUUGAGGAGGGAUCAGGGAAAGGCCUUGCUACCCAGGGAGCAGAACUGAAUUCUGUCAAGAUAGAAGAAAUGUCAAAACCGCAUACUAGCAGACAUGAAAGGGGUCUUGUUUGGUGUUUAUUCGGAGGGCCAAGAAGUGCUGUGUUCCUUUUUAGUGGAGAAUCAGGGAAAGGGACUAUUGGAUGACUCUGGUCUCACAGAGAAAUCAUUUUCUCCCCCCUCAACUCCUGUUAAUGGUCACCAAAGUUCAUCUGGGAGACUUUUUAAUGAUAUGGCUGAACUGACUCCCCUAAAUUUGUCAGUCUUACAUCUAUUAUGUGUAUUUCAUGUUUACUAGCUGAAAUGAUGACUUUUUCAUUGAUAUUUACCUCAGAAAACAUAUUGAAUAACUUGUACUCAACUUCACUGGGUUAGUUUAGACCUGAUUUUGGUCUUGUCCUAAGCAGGAGUCUUCAGAUUUUAGCGGGAUGACCCUUCAAAGAACGCUUUUAUCUCACUAUUUCCGAAAUACCCACCGUAUUAGUCUCCAGUCUGGUUUAUCCAAAACCUCGUUUGCUCUGGAUAAUUCUUUCACAGUGGUUCUCUGUAGCCUACUUGUUAACAUCAUUACAUCUUUUAGCACUCUGGAGCACCUACUAAAUGGAUGAGGAAAAAAAAUAAGUUUUGGCUUCAAGUAAUAAUACAGUUUUAACUUGGAAAUUCCUUAAGAAUAGAUCACAGAAUCUACAGGGGUUACAAUAGAGUGUGGAAGAAAUACAUUUUGGGGUUAGAAAAAUUCCAUAUUUGACAUUUGUAUUACUCACUUUCAACUACUAACUCUGCUAUCCUUGUAAUCAGGUGACACUCAUGCUUCCUCACACACAGCAUCUUGCCAUGUUUUAGAUACUGGUUUUUAGGAUACACACAAAAAUGAAUUUAAUCCAGAGUAGGUCAGACGUCAUUUGUUUAGGUUUCCAAUAGUUUAUCUGAGCAGUCAUGUGCUCCCUUUGAAGGUGUCUUUUUUGUCUUUGAAAAUAACUGCAAAGUAAUUCCUACUUUUCAGGGAAGUUUGACAUACUUCCUUCUAGUGUGUUCCCCUAGAAUUACAGAGUUUCUGUGAUUGCACAGUAAAUGCUGUAAGGCCCCUUCCAUGAAAUACCCAAAGGAUCAACUCACUCAUCUUGCCUCAGAAGUUUUUGCUGCUAUAAACAAGAGCUACUCUACAUUCAGCUCAAAAAGAUGACCUUGCAUUUAGCCAAUAUCGUAUGUAGAGCUGGUUUCGGGGUACUUGCUAGGUACCUGGUAUUUAGGGUAAUAGUUAUUUAUUCCAAAUGGCUUCUCUAAAGAAUGUAGUAAGAGUUGCCAUGUUGAAUCAGACCUGUGUCUCUGACUGACAGUAAGAAACAUUGUGGAUGAUUGUAAUUAUCUUUUCUGAUGAACUCUCAGAAGUUUAGAGAAGCAGCCAAAACAUUCCUCUUAGGUUCUAAGGUGUGGGAGGGGUGAGGAGUACAAUAUGAAUUCCUACUGAGGAAGGUAUUAACCACUUAUUCAGAAUGUGUAGAGGGGCCUCAAUUUUGGGAUGGAGGGUUGAAAUCCUUCUGAUUCUGCUGCUAUAACCCAUUAAUUUACCUGAGAUAGUUUUGUUUUAAAUUUAAACUUCCUUUUUGGGAUAAAAACAUCUAUAAAUUUGCUGUAUGCUAAAGUAUUACAUCUUUUAAAUUAAUUAAAAUAUGAAAUAAUAACAGAAUAGUGCCUGAUGCAUAAUAAAUGUCCAAUAAACGUUAUCUGCUAUUAUUUUAAUUUACCCUACAUUUCAGUGGUCCAAACUUUAAAAAUACUUAUUGGUUCAUUUAUUCUAGGAUUUGAUAACAUUUGUGUGUUUCAUUGUACACCUUUUGGUCUUUUCUAGACAAGAGUCUCAGUGGUUUUGGUUCUACAGGACCAGUGCAUUAUUUUAUUUUUUUUCCUCCAUAGUUUUACUUCUUUAAUUUUGAGAAAUUCAGAUUACCUACUGUAAUAUUUUACAGUUACUUUUUCCUCUAGUAUAUGACAGAGACCUGCGUCUCUUUCCCUUCUGUGGUUUCUUAAGAGCAGGUAUUGUCCCAGUUCAGUAAAUAUUUGUUGAACUAGCCAUAUGAUGGAUCACCUAGCUGCCUAGGAGAAUUAACACUGUAAAAAAAAAAAUAUAUAUAUAUAUAUAUAUUUUUUAACUCUAGGAAACAUUUUACACUCCCUAAAGUUAGAAACAGAAAAUUCUAGAAAUCUUUUCGGGUUAGUCAAGUCAUUCAUUGAACAGAUAUUUAGCAUACCUGUGUGCCAGGUAAAGGUUUAGGUAGGCAGUUCUGUAGGUGGAAGUCUGAUAUUCAAAAACCAUUACACUCCUGUGUGCUGGGCACUGUGCUAGACAUGGGAGAAUUGUAGAAUAAGAGAAGCAAUCCUUAUUCUCCCAGGGUGUACAAUCUGGGCAGAGAAACUGACAGAGUAGGAUGAUGGCUGUGACAGGGGUGCUGCAGGUGCUGAGGGAGUAAGAACACAGGCUUGAAUCUAGGAAAGAAAGUUACAGAAGGCCUCCCUGAAGAAGUGAGAUUUUAAGUAAGUCGCAAAAGGUUAGCAGGGACUACCCAAAGAGGAAGGGGAGGAGAAUUCCAGGUAGAGGAAACAAGUGUGAAUACUCACAUGAGGAAAUGUGGUAUAUUUGAGAAACUGGAAAAAAUUCAAUGAUAGGAGUCCUAAAUGUGAGGGGAGGAACUGUGAGAAAUGAGGUUAUCAAAGUGGGCAGGUUUGGAGGGUGUUACGUAAGCCACGUGAAGGCGUUUGCACGUUAUUCUAACAGCAGCGAAAAUCCACUGAAGAAUUUUUAAGUGGAUAAACGGCCUGUGACUUUUAUUAAGGUCACUUUGGCUGCUCUGUGGGGAAUGAAUUGGGAGAGACCAGAGAUCAGGAUACCGAUGAGGAGCAGCUAGAAAAAUCCAGGCAAGAGAAUGUGAUGGCCCAGGAUAUGAUGGUGGUAGCCAAGAUGAAGAAUGGGGCAUGGUUCAAAGAGAAAAAUAGGUAUUAGGAUGGAUAGGAUUGGUGGUUGAUUGGAUUUACAAAGAGAAGGCAGAGUCAAAAAUAACUCCUUAGUUUCUGACUUGAGAAAAUUGAUGGGGAGUGGAGUUAUUUACUCAGACAGGAAACAUAGGAGCAGGUUUGGGAGGGCAUAUGAGUUCAGUUCAAGGUGCCUACAAGACAUCUUCGAAGCAGGUGGACAUAGGACGUAGGGGGGUUAGCGUUCAGGAAAGAGUAUGAAUGUGAGAGUCAUAAAGGGCAGAAGGAGAGGUCAGGUAUGAGGAAUUUUGACUUGGUUAGCUGCAAACCAAAAUCAAUUGACCCAACACGUAUCAGUGCCUAUGAUGAAGAGGGCUGUGGGAGACAUGCAGAUUUUUAGAUCAGAUGCAGUACUUGUCCUCACAGAGAGUAUAGUGAUGGAGACCUAAGUCUAUUCAAUUACCUGCAAUACAGAGCACAGUGUGAUUAAUACUAGAAGAGAGCUGUAAACCAGGUGCUGGGGGAAUGCAGAAAAGAGUGGCUUGAUAGUGAAUUCAUGGAGGAGUAGCCUUUGAACUGGACCGUGAAGGGAGAAGGAGAUGAGGGUGAAAGGUGUUUGGGGUUUAUUAUUAUUCCUAAAAACAAAGGCACAGAAACCUGAAAGUACAUUAUACAGUGGGUGGUUGGUAUGGCUGGAGCUUAAGAUUCUUGGGGUAUUAUAGCUGCAGAGGAGAAGACUGGAAAGGCAUUUUGGGUUCAAAUGAGGGAGACCUUGAGUGCCACAGUUAAGUAUAUAUCAUAGGCAAAAAAGUGCUAUGGCAGAGCUGAGACUUGGAUUAGGUCUUUUGACUACAUAUUUAGACUUUCAUCCAUUACGUGCCUACUCUGUUCAGGUAGCCUUACACAAAUUCACAUACUCCCGUAUUUAAGUAGAUACAGUGCUCUGACCGAUAUUCUCUUUUCAACCAUGAAGACAGCUAUAGAAUAUCCAGGGGCCCUCUGAGUUUUCAUUAAGAUUGGGACAACGCUUUGAGUUACUUUAGAGUCAAGGAGCACAUGAUGCUGGACACUGGUUUCUCCAACAGCCCUGCAAGGGGAUUUAAGGCGAGAUCAUCUCUCCAUUCGGUCUGAGGCAGAGGUAUUAAAAAGCUCCUAGAGGUCAUACCAUCGGCUUCAGCAUUUACUAAACAACCACACAACGUAAUCCAUCUUCCCUUUCUCAUUCAGUUUAGUUCAGUUAGUCAGCAGGUACUUACUAAGUAUUCACAAAGCACAGAGCACUUGGUGAGGCAUAAUGGCUGGUUCCAAAGAAAAUAGAUACGAUUCUUACUUUCUAGGAGUUUAUUGUUUGGGAUGGAAUUAAUAGUGUGCUGAUAAAGGAGCUUUCCAGAAAAACAAACAAACAAACAAACCCUGAUUUGUAGGGCUUGUCAAUUUCUGUGAUGUAAAUACCUGCAACGUGGCUGAUUUCAAACAACCAACUUGAUGUCACUGAACAUGAGCUUGGGAACAGAUACACACAGGCGGUUCUCACUAACGGGUAGAGCUGGCUCCAGUACAUCGCUAGAUAGAUCAGGCAUGCUAAGAAAACCUACAAUAGCUAGUGAGUACUGAGGCAUUGCUGGGAAGACCAGAGGCUAUGUCACCCCCUUCUCAUAGUUGCCAUCCUUUUCAGAGGUCCGUAAUCUCCAGGGUGCCCUUGAAAUUGGUCGUCAUUGUUUUGGUAUUCCCUUCCUAUGAUUUCUGUCUUUUCAAUCCAGAAAAAAAUGACUCACGCUCUUGUUCCUGAUGGCAGCUCAUCUACCUGACUUCAUGUGAAAGAUGGCUAAUGCGGAAGUGAGUGUCCCAGUGGGGGAUGUAGUUGUGGUACCCACUGAAGGCAAUGAAGGAGAGAACCCUGAAAACACUAAGACCCAGGUGAUCUUGCAGUUACAACCUGUGCAGCAAGGUUUGUUUAUCGAUGGACACUUUUACAACAGGAUUUAUGAAGCUGGGUCGGAGAACAAUACAGCAGUUGUGGCAGUAGAAACUCACACAAUACACAAAAUUGAGGAAGGGAUUGAUGCAAGCACUAUAGAAGCAAAUGAGGAUAUGGAAAUUGCUUACCCCAUAACUUGUGGGGAGAGCAAAGCCAUCCUCCUCUGGAAGAAGUUUGUAUGUCCAGGAAUAAAUGUGAAGUGUGUCAAGUUCAAUGAUCAGUUGAUCAGUCCCAAGCAUUUUGUUCAUCUGGCUGGCAAGUCCACCCUGAAGGACUGGAAGAGAGCCAUUCGUCUGGGUGGAAUCAUGCUCAGGAAAAUGAUGGACUCUGGACAGAUCGAUUUUUACCAGCAUGACAAGGUUUGCUCCAAUACCUGCAGAAGCACCAAAUUUGAUCUUCUCAUCAGCAGUGCAAGAGCUCCCGUGCCAGGACAGCAGACAAGUGUGGUGCAGACACCCACCUCCGCCGAUGGUAGCAUCACACAGAUUGCCAUCUCAGAGGAGAGCAUGGAAGAGGCAGGGCUGGAAUGGAACUCAGCCCUCACUGCUGCCGUUACCAUGGCCACAGAGGAGGGCGUGAAGAAAGACUCAGAGGAAAUUUCAGAGGACACUUUGAUGUUCUGGAAAGGAAUAGCUGAUGUAGGGCUGAUGGAAGAGGUUGUCUGUAAUAUACAGAAGGAAAUAGAGGAGCUACUCAGGGGAGUUCAGCAGCGGCUCAUUCAGGCUCCAUUCCAGGUCACAGAUGCUGCUGUUCUCAAUAAUGUAGCACAUACAUUUGGCCUAAUGGACACAGUCAAGAAGGUUUUGGACAACAGGAAGAACCAAGUAGAGCAGGGAGAAGAGCAAUUUCUCUAUACUCUGACAGACUUGGAACGCCAGUUGGAAGAGCAGAAGAAGCAAGCUCAGGAUCACAGGCUGAAAUCCCAGACGGUUCAAAAUGUGGUGCUGAUGCCUGUGAGCACUCCUAAACCUCCAAAAAGGCCCCGGCUCCAGCGGCCAGCCUCCACCACCGUUCUGAGCCCUUCUCCUCCUGUCCAGCAGCCUCAGUUCACAGUCAUCUCACCCAUCACCAUCACCCCAGUGGGUCAGUCAUUUUCCAUGGGUAAUAUUCCAGUGGCCACCCUCAGCCAGGGCUCCAGCCCUUUGACUGUCCACACACUGCCUUCUGGCCCUCAGCUCUUCCGCUAUGCCACAGUGGUCUCCUCUACCAAGAGCAACUCACCAGACACAAUGACCAUCCACCCGUCGUCUAGCUUAGCACUGCUAAGCUCCACCGCCAUGCAGGAUGGGGGUACCCUGGGCAACAUGACCACCAUGGUGAGCCCUGUGGAGUUGGUGGCCAUGGAGUCUGGCCUGACCUCAGCAAUCCAGGCUGUUGAAAGCACCUCAGAGGAUGGGCAGACCAUCAUUGAGAUUGACCCAGCCCCAGACCCAGAGGCUGAGGAUACUGAGGGCAAAGCAGUCAUCUUGGAGACAGAGCUGAGGACUGAGGAGAAAGUUGUGGCUGAGAUGGAAGAACACCAGCAUCAAGUCCACAAUGUGGAAAUUGUGGUCUUGGAGGAUUAACUGGGGAUAUCGGGGCCAGGAGAUAUGUUUUGGUUUGGAAUUUUAAUUAUUUGUUUAUUUUUAUCAUUGUCCCACUCAUUUCCACAUAGGAUCCUUUUUUUUUUUUUUUUAAAAAAAAAAAAGACAAAAUCUUGUUGUUAUAACUGAAAAUGUUGGGUCCUUCCCACCCCCUCAUUGAAAAAUGGACAAAACAAACUGCCCUUUCAGAAGUUGAGAGUAGGUCACUCAAUGUACUAAUCUUCUUAGAUAAAGGAAGCUAUUUCCUUUAGAGGAGGCAUCAAGACAACCAGAAACCCUGUCCAGAAAGCCCUUUCCAGGCUAGUCUGUCUGUGUACGCAUGUGGUUUUAUUUUUGUUAAGAGGCAUUGACCAAACUCUGGAACACAGAUCUGACAUUGGAAGGCAACUCACUCACAUGUGGAUGCAUAAGGGUACUUUAUUUUGUAUCCUGGGAAGUGGAAAACUGAAACAAAAGGAAGUUGAACUCUGCUUGGAGGGAAAGGUGGCACACCAGCAGCGGCUUGAAAAGGGAAGUGCUUUGGCAAGGAUGGGGCAAGGAAAUUAUAUUACUUCCAGAAGUGUAACAGAUGCCUCUUAAGAUCUCUGAGGGCUACCACCAUGAGUGCCAGUUUUGAGGUAAAGCAGGUGAUGGGUAGAAGGGUACAUCUCCAUGGAGCCAUGGCAGCAGUGGCCUGUGGCUUUGCAGAAAUAGAAAUCCAGGGGUGCCACAGCUAUGCUUCGGGGUUCACCUUGUCCACCCCUCCCCCACCACCUUGUCAAAGCACUUACCCUCCAAAGUUGGAAUCAGUCCAUUCGUCUGCAAACUGCGAGAUGUGGUGUGAACUGCUCUUGUUCUUGGACUGUGGCUGUCGUGGGGGUGGGGUUUCAAGGCCACCAUUUUUUAUUGCAUGACUCCAGGAGCAAGGGAGUGCCUCACCCGGGCCAGCUGCGUUUUUGGUGGGGCCCUCUUUGGGCUUUGGAACCAAAAGCAGCCACUCAUUUGGUGCUUCCUCUUGUUCUGUCCUCCAUCCCUCAGCUCUUAUCAGCAUCUGUCUACUGGAUACCACGCUCUUCAGCUUUUUGGCUGGUUUUGGGAGAACAGUGACAGGUGCCUGCCUGCCUUCAUCUCCUUUUAAUUCAUUUAUCAUUUAUCCCACAAAUGUUUCUGUGAGAUACUGAGCUCAUCACAAAUCUUAGGCUUGGCAGGGAAGACUCAAGACUCCCAGCCUUUCCUGAGGCACCGAGUAGAUGUCUCCUCCUGAGUGAGCUGGACUCCCUGGGAAAGAAGAACUGUCUGCAACGUUAUAUUAUAGGAAAUUUACCAGGAAUGUCAAUAAUAAUGUCCUGGGGAGGGGGGAGGGCUAUUCUGUUUUUUUUUUUUUUUUUUUUAAGUUGUUUGUAUAUUUAGAGCUGGGCCAUUUCCAUGCUGUGAUUCCCUCCCUCUCUGACCCUCUUCAGUGUUUGGGGUAAGAGUGGACCCUGGUUUUUAUUUCUUUGAUUGCAUUGUUUACUGCACUAGGGAAAAUAUAGGGAAACUACAGACAAUUAAAGGAAAAAUAGGUCAAAAGAGAAAGCACAUACCUUAGGAGUGGGAGGUUUUUUUUUUUUUAAUUAUUAUUAAAAGCAAAACUUUGACCUGUAGUUUCUUUGUUUUUGAAGAAGGCACCUACCUGAAGCCAUGUUUCUUCCAAUUGAUGUUGGAAGCCCUGUCAAGCAAUGAAAAUUGUGUUCUGCCAUCCCUCAGAUGGCUGUAUGUAGCCAGAGAAGCCCUCUAACUUGAGAGGGUCAAUCUUAAAAGCCUUAAGGGUGGGGUUUCUGAACCCCAUACAGUUGUGGUUUUCAGCUUUAAAAUUGUCUGGGGUUUUAUUUUUCUUUUCAAAAUAUUUGAUAGGCUUAGCAAUCGGCUUAGAACAAACCUUUGGCCCUUUACAUGUCUUUAGUGAUGGAAGUUUUAUUUCCUGCUUCUUUAGGUUUUCUGUUGGUACAUAAAAACAAAAAUUCUAGGACUGAAACUACCACUUGAACCCAGAAAGGCACCUCUCAUUCCACUGCGGUUUUUAGGGAUGCUUUUCUCUUUCCCAGAGGUGAGAGGACCAAUUUGGGACAGGAGAGGAGCCCUAGAGAAAACCUACACACUAGCUCAGGUUCCUUUCUUUCCUCUGUCACAGCUCUUGUGAGAGGUUUAAGGUAGCAUGAGCAUCGGGCUUCCAAAGGCAAGAGAUCUCCCCCUCCUAAAGACAGCCUGUUCACUUUCACUACCUGAAUAUUCCUGCUGGUGAAAAUACAUGAGCUUUGUUGUUUUACUGGUCUUCCAAUAGCCUGUCAUUAUUAAUAGAUGCUAUGUUACCCAUGGUUGAGUGUGGGUUCCCGCACAGCCCUGGUCUAGAUGAUCUCAGAUGGGGUAAGACAUAUGCAAGCCAUUGAUGUGUGCACAAGCGGUUGCAAUGAAUCACUCAAGCUGACUGGCAGUAGCCAUUUACCUUUCUAUUCACUCGUUAAAUAAACAUUUAUAAAUACCAUCUAUGUGCCAGGCUUUGUGCUAGGCACUGGCAAGGAAUUCAUACUCCAGAGGUUUUCAUCCUGGGGUUAAGAACUAUAUUUCAAUAUAAUCGGUUUCCUCUGUAAUCCUGUGUAUUUUAUUUUAAGCACUGAAAACGAUUAUUCUGAGAAUUGGUCUGUAGGUUUCGGCCAAUUGCCAAAGGCAUCAAAAGGUUAAGAACCCCUUCUCCAGUUAAUGAGAGACCAACACAUCAUAACGGGGUAAGCACAGUGAUAGAGCUAUUGGCUGAGAGCUGAGAGAACAGACAGUUCAAUCACCUAACCAGGCUUGGGGUGGGGUGAGAAUAAAACAAACCCUGUUGCCGUCAAGUCAUUCCAACUCAUAGCAACCCUACAGAUAGGGUAGAACUGCCCCCUAGAGUUUCCAAGGAGCACCUGGUGGAUUUGAACUGCCAACCUUUUGGUUGGCAGCCAUAGCUCUUAACCACUAUGCUACCAGGGUUUCCUGGGGUGGGGUGGGGUCAGGUAAGAGAAUAUAUGAGUACUUCCUGGAGAAGGCACAUACCUAAACAGAUUUAAUGGAGACAAUUUUCGGCUACUUUAGCCCCACAUCAUCAUUUUCAAGUAGUUGGGCUUAUUUAUAAGAGAAAGAAAGAUCCUUAGUCUCUUGUUACAUCUGCCUACAGAGCCAGGCAGAGUUAGCACUGGUAGUCUCCUGAGCACACCCCACUGGGGAAAGCUGGGUCAUGUGAUGGCUUCUCCGAGUUUCCACCAGUGGGACCCAGUGUUGAAUCCAGUGCAGGACUUGAGUCUAGCUGGUAGAGGGGAAAUGGCAUGUGAUUUCCAUAAAGGCUUUGGAGUCUGCUGUAUAUCUGUGUCAUCUUGGCCAUGUCCCUGUUUGGUUCUGCCUUGUUCUCCUCAGUUUCAAGACCCCUCUACCUCACACACACCCAGUCCUUCUGAAAUAGAAAACGGACAGUAGAUUUGAAUAUUGAAGAUUCAGAACAACUUCAUGUGAAGAUUUCUUUCAUAACUUCACGCUAGAGAGGGAGGACCAAUAUUAAAUACUUUGAAUGUUAAUAUUCAGUUCAGAUGGUUCUCUUACCCUUUAGUGGUGGCAUUUUAUCCCAUUUCAUGAAAGGCACUAAGGGUAAGUCUGUAUGGUGAGAGAGUAUUGGUAUUGUUAACAUUUGAUUAUGAAGAUAGCAAAAAUCAAGAAAGAAAUGUGGACUUAACCAGCUCAUUAUGAAUUAUCGCUGGCCCAGUUUUAGGACUAUUAAGGAGGCAGAAAGGACAAAGAAAAGGCUGAACUCUGAAAGAAGGCAUGAAACUGAUUUACCUUGAGCAAUACUUUCCUGGUACAGGAGCCCUGGUGGCACAAUGGUUAAGGGCUCGGCUGGUAACCAGAAGGUUGGCAGUUUGAAUCCAAUAGUUGCUUCUUGGAAACCCUAUGAGGAUAGUUCUACUCUGUCCUAUAGGGUAGCUAUGCAUUGGAAUCGACUCAACAACAACAGGUUUGGCUUUUCCUAGCAUAAUUGAUCACUUUCCUGGGAGUGGGGUAGAUCCCUCAACGCUUAGGAUAAAUUUCUCCCUGCAAAAUUGUCAUGUAGUCUGUAGUAUAUUGCAGUAACAACCAAGGUUGUUCACUAGACAAGGGAUCCCAAAGGAUUAGUUCUGCUGGAUUUGGACUCUGCCUCUGGAAAUUCUGUUCUUGGUUACCUUCCCAAUCCUGAAACACCUUUCUUAUCCCUGAGCUAUGUCAUUUGACCUCCUUUAGAAGGUACUGUUGUUGCGUGCCAUCGAGUCAAUUUCAACUCAUGGCGACCCUAUAGGACAGAGCAGAACUGCCCUGUAGGAUUUCCAAGGCUGUAAUGUUUAUAGGGUCACUAUGAGUCGGGAUGGACUGGAUGGCAAUGGGUAUGGCUUUUGGGUUUAAUCUUUACAGAAGCAGAUUACCUGGUCUUUUCUCCUGCAGAGUGGCUAGUGAGAUUGAACCAUCCCCCUCUUAGUUAGCAGCUAAGCACUUAACCAUUAUGCCACCAGGGCUGCUUCUAGAAGAUAUUAAACCCGUUGCUGUUAAGUGCUUCCGACUCAUAGCAACCCUACAGGA